CGCACAUUAUACCCAUAUGAAGUAGCAUGAAGAAAGGAGCCCUGGAGCUACAUAUCUGCAUUAUAGGCUGUGGACAAGGGAUACAUCGCUCUACACACAGGACAAGCCCCAUCAUCUCCACUCAGUGCUCAGGUGCCAAGUGGGACAGGACUGAGCGCCGCCUGUCAAAGUGGGCAACAGGUGCAAUUCCCUAACGCUUCUCUUGGGAAACUCUGUGCUAGAGGGACUUGCUCCAGCAGCUUUCUCUUUGUGUUUGGCACAAAAUAAGCUGCCACCAUUACUUCCAAAAGUGAAGAGGACUUUCUAGCCCUGGCAGCGUCCAGGCUGAGCCGAAGGAAACGAGUGAUUGGUGCUGCCAUAGGGGUGGCCAUGGUACUGAUCCUGCUUGUUGCCAUCCCUUUGCUGGUUAGUAGCUCUAAGAGUAGCACCCACUAUGAGAUGUUGGGCAGCUGCAAGAUGGUGUGUGACCCUUACACUCCUCAGACACAUGGGGCAGAUUCCAGCCAAGAAUUAGCUCUAAUUUCACCACCACCCAACCUUCAGGUAGGUAAGGAUGACCAAGGCAAGAAAGGCAAAUCAGGAAUCAGGGGACUUCCAGGGCCACAAGGACCACCAGGACCUAGAGGACCACCUGGAGAACCGGGCAGACCUGGACCCCCAGGCCCACCAGGUCCUGGGCCAGGAGGAUAUGUCUCUUCCUAUUACAGCCCCAAGAUUGCCUUCUAUGCUGGGCUAAGGAAGCCACAUGAGGGCUAUGAGGUGUUGCGAUUCGAUGAUGUUGUGACCAAUGUUGGAAACUAUUAUGAGCCAUCAACUGGCAAAUUCACCUGCCCCUUGCCUGGGAUCUACUUCUUUGCCUACCAUGUGCUCAUGAGAGGAGGGGAUGGGACCAGCAUGUGGGCAGAUCUCAUGAAAAACUCACAGGUACGUGCCAGUGCUAUUGCUCAAGAUGCAGAUCAGAACUACGACUAUGCCAGCAACAGUGUCAUCCUGCAUCUAGAUGUCGGGGAUGAGGUUUACGUUAAACUGGAUGGGGGCAAAGUUCAUGGUGGCAACACUAACAAAUACAGCACUUUCUCUGGUUUUAUCAUCUACCCAGACUGAAUGGGCAGUCCAUUUUCCCUACCCCACCAGAGACUUGCAGAGCAUUGCUCCACGUCCUUGAUCCAUUUAUCUCUUACCUUACAGGACACUGCAGGACAUAUCUUCAUUAUCCCCCUUCCAUGUUAGGAAUAGCCAGCAUGCUUACCGAUGCUGGCAGUUCCUCUGGCAUACAGGAGAUUUAAGGAACUCUCAUUACAGUGUGAUCUAAUGCUGGACCUUUCAGAAUAAAAGAGUUUAAAGUCAGGGCUCCCCUGAUGCACAGAA